AUGUAUUUCAUUUUGCUUAUUGUAAUCUUCAAACCUAUUCAAACGUACAUCCCGACUCAAAAUGUCGAAACUGUGGAUCCAUUCCCUUGCAAGGUUUGUUCAAAAAUCUAUGACGCCUCGUGCCAAGGGGCAGGGCUUCCAAGUCCGACCAAUUAUUGCCUGAAAGCUGCAGACGUACCAGUUACAUAUACAGUAGGAACACCUCCAUCGAACUUCGGAGAUCAAUCGGAUAUGUGCUAUACUUAUCUGGUUUGUCCUGCUGGAACAAUGGAACAGUUCGAUUCUAUAGAUGAGCAAACUUCAAUACCUGGGAACUCUGAUGGAACACCGACGUUUGCAUUUUGUUACGAAGCUGGAGAAGUUGCAGGAAAAUGGUUUUCUUAUUCUGAUGGUCAUGGUGACGAAAUGAGUGGAAUGAGGUGUAAAAAUCAAUAA